AUGGAUGAACUUUCGAUAAAAACAAUUGAAAAGCUCUCAUGUUCUGCUUUAGCAAAGGAUAUAGAUGCUCUUUCUAAAACCUAUAACAAGAACGAUAACAAAUAUUUGAAAUUAAAAUCAUUUAGGAACAAAUUAAAUAAGGUUAGUGCUCUUUUGUGCAGACUAGUAGACUAUAGAACUGGAAACACUUCGUGGCUACAAUUCUACGAAAUUUGUCUGAGGAGUCGAAAGCACUCUGUUAGUGAUUACGAGGCAGAACCCAAGUGUCCCGACUUGCUAGCGCCAAAUCUUGUCAUAAUCACUAAGCAGUUACCAUCUCAAUUAGCCGCAGUGCUGUUGGUGGCAUGGUGCCUUGCGGAGCCAUGCCCAGUCUCCCCAGACUUUAACUUUUGGAAAUGCGUUAUCCAAGAGUGCAAUGUGAUUGUCAAUCACUCAGAACAAAUAGAUCAUUAUUGCAAGAUACUUACAGACUUGCAGUCACACCACAACGAAGAAGAUUCGCAACGAGCCCAUCACCUUUUCGAAAUGUUAAAGUGGUCCGUAGUCAGCUUGGAAAUUUUUGAUGGUGCUGGAAUAUUGCAAUCGCUUAAGAAGAAAGGUCGAAUUUACACAAAUGAUCGCAAUAUUAUAGUUGCAGUUUUCCGUCGGAUAUUUUGGAAUCAUUCAAAAAAAUACUCCUUAUUAUAUAGACGUUUUAACUGCAUCAUCCGCAAUUACGCAGUUAUUUCAUACAAAGCUACACCAUCGCGCGGUCUUGGUAGCAAUCCGUCCGGAAAUCACGUUAAAUCUGAACUUUGGUUCGGAAUUUUUUCUACAGCGUUCAAGCUUCAUCAUUUAAAAUUCUCUCCUACUUGGGAAUUACAGCAUCUAAUUCCAGGUCAUGCUGGACAAGGCUCAACAAGAUUAGAUUUCGCCUCAAUAAUUGUAAAUAAUAAUGAUUUACAAUUCGCAUUUUUCAUUGUGGAAUUCGUAACAAGCCGGUUUGAAAUUCACAAGGAUGAAGUAGUUGUUGUAGCAGAGUUGGCAUACGAAUUUAAUCGUAUACUUUCUCAGAUGCAUCAUCCAACGGAAAUGGGAAUCUCGUCUAUGCUUAUUGAAAAUGAGAUAAUCUCAUUCAAUUUUCAAGAAAAUAAUGUGGAGGAAAAAGUGGAAAAUUUAGCACUACCAGAAUUACCAAAAGAGGCGGUUCAGUCUCAAAGGUUUGAAACGAAGUUACUCCAGUCACCAAGAGGGUACGAUAUAAUGCAAUUUAAAAAGGGGAGGAAAUCUAUCGCAUUUGGUAAAAUAACUAAUUUGAUUUUGCGAUGUGAUGAAGCCGGUUUGUUAUACCACUAG